CGGACGGGAGUGCCGUGACCGGCGGCGGCUGCCCCGCUCCACGCUCCCGGCCUGGCGCCGCCCAUUGCCGGGGCCGAGCCGGCGCGUGUGUCAACACGGGGCCGCGGCGCCGGCCCUGCCCCCGGCGCCUCUCCGAGGUCGCCCGGCGGAGGUCGCCCGGGCGGCGGAGGCCGCGGCGCGGCGGAGAGGAGCCGCCAUCGCCGCUCGGUGCUUCCCGGGGAGGUAGGAGACGUCCCCGUCCCUCCGGCCCGUUACCCCGGGGGGCCUGCGGGACGGCGCCGGUCGCCCCGCGGCUCGGCAGGCCCCGCGGCCGGCCCCUCGGCGGGCCCCAUCCCUGCGGAAAGUUCUCCUCGACCUCGUCGCUGCCGACCCUGGCGGGAGCCGCGGGCCGAACCGGCAGGAGCGGCCGUGUCUCCCCGCAGCGCCGGGCUGGCCCGCCCGCUGGGUGCUCCCGGGGGCUGGUCCCGCGGCGGCUUUGGGAUCUGCGGCUAUCCCGGGGGACACCCGUACCGGCAGUCUGAGAAGGAAUUUAAAAGUUAUUUCAGACUCGUAAUUCUGCUGUCCCAACUGGAAAGGUCCGGACAAGACCUUUUCAAAGUUUGCCCUGGGGAGUAACAAAGAUUACCCUCUGCAACUGCGAGAUUCGUCAUUCUUCCAGGCUCACCUCACAGCACACACCAGACUACCUCUCCUGACUGCCUGGCCAUUUUAAGCUCUGCACUUCUGUUUGUGACAAGUAAUGACAGUGCUUCAACAAACGGAAUACGGAACACUUCAUAUUCAGGAAUACAAGAAAAACAGCAAAGUGGAGUCAAGUACAUGCAGCAGCUUCAUGGGCUUGAAGGAUCAUCUGGGGCAUGACUUAGGCCACCUCUAUGUGGGGAGCACUGGCACACAAAUAAAUGCAAUUGUACCUUGGUCAAUGGCGGAGAAGCCAACGAUGGAUAAGGUUAAUUCUAGGAAAGAAGAUGUAGACAAAGAGGCAUCUGAAGAGACUUCUGGAAGCUCCAGCUGUGACUCUGAAGAAAGCACAAAUUCUGAUAAUGAUUCAGAGAGACUGAAUAAUUCUGCACCAGAAUCACAUUUAUUGCCUAAGACUCACCGACAGCUGUGCCGAUCUCCUUGCUUAGAGCCUCAUAUACUAAAAAGAAAUGAAAUCUUGCAAGACUUUAGGAUAGAAGAGGCUCAGAUAGUACCUAAGGAAGUCAAAAAGCCCCCUGAUGUGGUGAAAGAAUAUCAAACCAAACUGGAGUUUGCACUUAAGUUGGGUUACUCUGAAGAGCAGGUUCAACUUGUACUAAAUAAACUUGGUACUGAUGCUUUAAUAAAUGAUAUUUUGGGAGAACUUGUCAAGCUUGGGAAUAAAACUGAGCCUGAUCAGACUGUAACUAAUGCUAACACUAGUGUAAUGCGUGAAGCGUCUUCCAUAGAGUCUCAGAGGUCAGAGUCUCCACUGCAGGAGGAUGUGACAGAGGAUGGUGACAACCUGAGGCCAAUAGUUAUCGAUGGCAGCAAUGUUGCAAUGAGCCACGGGAACAAAGAAGUAUUUUCUUGCCGAGGAAUCAAAUUGGCGGUAGACUGGUUUUUGGAGAGAGGUCACAAGGAUGUUACAGUGUUUGUGCCAGCAUGGAGGAAAGAACAGUCGAGACCUGAUGCUCUUAUCACAGAUCAAGAAAUCUUGCGUAAAUUAGAAAAGGAGAAGAUUCUUGUGUUCACACCAUCCCGGCGAGUGCAAGGCAGAAGGGUGGUAUGCUAUGAUGACCGAUUUAUAUUGAAGUUGGCCUUUGAGUCAGAUGGCAUCAUUGUUUCUAAUGAUAACUACAGGGAUCUAGCUAAUGAAAAGCCUGAAUGGAAGAAGUUCAUAGAUGAACGCUUGCUGAUGUAUUCGUUUGUUAAUGACAAAUUUAUGCCUCCUGAUGAUCCUCUUGGCCGCCAUGGUCCAAGUCUGGACAAUUUUCUUAGGAAGAAGCCUAUUGUGCCAGAACAUAAGAAGCAACCCUGUCCAUAUGGGAAGAAAUGUACCUAUGGACACAAAUGCAAAUACUAUCAUCCAGAAAGAGGAAAUCAGCCUCAGCGAUCUGUAGCUGAUGAACUUCGUGCCAUGUCUAGAAGCACAGCUGCCAAAACUACAAGUGAAGGAGGACUGGUAAAAAGCAAUAGUGUUCCCUGUAGCACUAAAAACGAUGGGACUUCUGACCUGAAGCGUGCUGCUCCAAAGAGGCAAUCGGAUCCUAGUAUAAGGACUCAAGUCUAUCAAGACUUGGAGGAAAAGCUUCCCACCAAAAACAAAUUGGAAACCAGGUCUGUACCUUCUUUAGUUAGUAUACCAAGUUCCUCUGCUGCAAAACCCCAAAGUACUGCACCUUUAACUAACGGCCUUCCAUCCGGAGUUCACUUUCCACCUCAGGAUCAAAGACCACAGGGACAGUAUCCUACAGUGAUGAUGGCAACCAAAAAUCACGGAACACCAAUGCCUUAUGACCAGUAUCCAAAAUGUGAGUCUCCUGUGGAUGUAGGGUAUUACUCUAUGCUGAGUGCAUAUUCAAAUCUAAGUAUAUCUGGUCCACGUAGUCCUGAAAGGCGCUUCUCCUUGGACACAGAUUAUAGGAUUAGCUCUGUAGCUUCUGACUGCAGCAGUGAAGGGAGCAUUAGCUGUGGCAGUAGUGAUUCCUACGUGGGUUACAGCGAUCGCUCUUACAUGAGUUCGCCUGACCCACAGCUAGAGGAGAACUUGAAGUGCCAACAUAUGCACCCCCACAGCCGCCUUAACACUCAGCCCUUCCUACAGAGCUACCAUGAGCCUCUCACACGAGUGCAAAGCUAUAGUCACGAAGAACCAAAGCAUCACCACAAACCUCCAGUUCCAUACAUGGCUGUCCAUCUACAGCAUCCAACAGUCGGUGCUCGUUCUAGUUGUCCAAACGACUACUCUACAGCUCAGAGUUCAUCACAUUCAAAGACCAUGCAUCUGGGGAGAGCCCUCGUGUCCAUGAGAAUAGACAGCAUUUCAGACUCGCAUUUAUAUGAUAAUUCUCCAUUGAGACACAGAAAGCCUUACUCUGGCCAGGAUGGGCUUGGAAGUUGGGAUAGGCAGAGUUACGGGAUGGAUGCAUAUGGCUACCGCCAGACCUACUCCUUGCCGAGUAACCCCACACAGCCGUGUUAUGAGCAGUUUGCCUUCCAAAGCUUACCUGAACAGCAGGACCAGACCUGGCGUGUACCCUACUGUGGAAUCCCUCAAGACCUUCCAAGGCACCAGGACACCCGGGAGAAGGUUUACAUAAAUCUCUGCAACAUCUUCCCCCCUGAUCUUGUGAGGAUGGUUAUGAAGAAGAACCCUUACGUGACGGAUGCUCAGCAGCUUGCUGCAGCCAUCUUAGUGGAAAAAUCUCAGCUAGGUUAUUGAGAGAUGAUGCAUCUUUGUGGUGUCUAGUAGUUUUCAGCUCAGCUCUAAUGCUGAGGGAGGUUUGCUACAAUAGCAUUUGGGAUCUCCUUCUCAGCAAGGAGGUUAUAUAGUAAUCCGUUUAUGAGAAAUACUGUAUCAUGGAGUCUGUAUGUAUAGCCCCAUGCAUCGGAAGUACCAGAUAAGUUUUGUGCUCUAGUUUGAAAAUUUUUAAAUGGCUAUUUUCACAGCUGGAGAAUGUUCCAGUUUAAAUUAAUAUAUAUAUAUAUAAAAAAAAAUAAUCUGUGGUCUCUGGUUAUAAUCUUUGGUGCAUCAGGGGUUUAUAUGCAGCACUUUCUAUCCUUGUUACAUGUUGUUAGGAUUUUUGUUUUCGUUUUUUAACUUGCUGGAUGUUUGUCCUUAGGCUGCCUGGUAUUAACCUGCAGAAAGAGGAUUUUGCUACUUCUGGCAGGCAAUUUUCAAGCCAAGUUUUUGAACUUUUUACAACACCAUAAGUAUGUAUGUAUGUUUGUUUUUGUGAGCUUUUUUGUGCUAUAAUCAUCUAUUUAUAGGAAACAAAGAUUUACUACAGCACUGACUUCAUUUUUUAAACAAAUAAGUUACCAGUUAAUGGUGAAAUGGGUAACAAUAUAUUAGUAAUUUAUAGUACGGCACUUUUCAUUGCUUGCUUUGGUUUGUUUAAGUAGUUACAUGUUUUGUUCAUGCAGUCAAUUAGUAAGAUCAGAUGCAAUCAGAGGAGGAAAAAAAAGAUUUUUUUUUUUUUUUUUUAAUUUAUGAAUAAGGUAAAAGCCUUCUUGCCUGAUUUUCAAAGGUGCUGAGAAUUUGCAGCCCCCUUUGAACCUAGGAGAAGCCGCAAAGGCUCAGAACCUCCCCGAACCCUUUCAAUUCAGCUCUGUGUAUUUCUGGUCAGUAGAAGGGGGCCUGAAAUCGUAGGGUCCCGUUUAGUUGUUUUAUGUGUUUUUUCUUUGUAUUGCUGCACAAGUGUACUGGAUAAAAUACGCUUUUCAUAAAAUAUUUACCUGUUUUUAAAUGAAUUUAAUUAUCUCAAUGCAAGUUUUGUAUUUAAGAUACUGUUUGAUUUUUCUUGCUAUUUAUCAAGGCUGGCCUGAAAAGGUUUUGUGUGUUGAGGAUAUGCAACAUUUAUUAACUGCACUAUGGUAAUGAUAUUGUAGCUCAAAAUAAUAACUUAAACUUUUUUUUUUUCCCCCCUGUUUUGGUUAGGGAGGGUUGCAGGGAGAGAAGAUACCGUAUGUGUUUCUGAACUUAGUUUUUGGCCUGUUGCAUCGUGUAGGCCUGAUUCUUGCCACAAAUAGUGUAGUUUUAGAAACAGACAAACCAAGUCUGGUUUAGUAUUAGUAAGGGAUGUUUCUGGUUUUAAGUCAUGGGUUUUACUAGCACCUCGUAAGCUUUAUAUAUAUACACACACACACACACACACACAUAUAAUAGAAAUAGAUUUUGCAAUUGAUGUCAGAUGAACUUACAUGACAUAGUUGCCGGCAGUUUGAGGUUUCCAUCCAUUGUAACGACGUUCAGUGUUUAAAAAAAAAAAAUUUAAAAAAAUCACUAGUUUACACUAUAACUGCCAAUAAUUUCGGUACACUUGCUGGAAUUUAAAGUAAGACCCUGAAGAACCAGAAAGUACCUUUUACUGUUGAUACAAAUUGUAUCUUUUUAACUGAGAAUGAUUUUGAUUUGUAGAUUUAGUAGAAACACAAAUGUAUAAUUAUAACUAGUCUUUUGGGCAACAUUUUAUCCCUUAUUUAAAAAUUAGAGAUUUCAGACAUAGAAUAGACCUAGGGAAAUAAAAGUAGGUAUUUAUUUAGGUGUCUGUGUCAAUUUCACGUACUAAAAAGAAAAAAGAAACUAUUGGCAUCUUCUUCCUUCUAAAAUCUUUGUAGUGGGAACUCACUAAAAUAAAGGUAAAAUGCUGCCUGAAAAUGAUGUCCAAGCACCUUUGAAUACGAAGACGUUUUCACUACUUGUGUGACACCGUGUGUUGCAGCGAGUAGGGUUUGGGUAUACAGUAAAUGCUUCUAAAGAGCAUUAUGCUUAUAGACAUAUCCAAUAAUCUGAACCAUGUUCAGCAAACCGAUUCAGGACAUAGUGCUCACGCAGCUUCCGCUGCUGAUGCGCUGCGGAAUCUGCCGUCGCCUGUCCCUGCGGCGAUACCGGAGGGGCUCUACGCCAUCUGUCCUGCGUUGUCUGUUUAGGGAGAGGACUUCUUCACCUGUGGCAACAGUUUUUCCCUGGAUUUGGUUGGUCGCCACCCGUAGAGCAUGUUUUAAUGUAGAGAUCGAUGCAGCGCUGACGCUGAGGUUUGGACUGGGAAAUGGGUCUCAUCUUAGUUGUACACUAAGACUUUUUUAAAUUGAAUUACACUUAAGUACUACACCAUAGUGUAGAUGCAGCUGUUUUAAUAAUGCAUUUAUUAUAUUUGUGUUUUUAAGGGGUUUCUACCUUUAUUUUUUAUGUAGGAAUUUACUUUUGCCAAAAGUUGAAUUCCUUUAAGCAUGACCAGAAACGUGUAUGUAAUAGAGGCAUUUUGUCUUUUUCCCUAUCACAUGAGCAUCAGAAUGCUUCCUACCGCCUACGUGUCUGGCCUAGAGAGCGGGCUUAGCCAUGUUGUUAAAACGGUGCAAGGAGACACGUGGGACUGUGUGCUGCAGCGCCCAGACCUGCGUUAUCAGUAUUGAUUGCCUCCGCGUAUGUCUAAUGCAGUAUUGAAUCCCUGAAAGUGUGUCAAUUGCUAGAGAAUUCUUGUAGUAGGUUCUGUGCUUUGUACUCAAGCACUAAAAAUGCUUUAAAAGUGUAAGAACAGGAGUAAUUUGGUGGGUUUUAAUGUUGUGCAAUGAUGUGCUAGUUCCCCUUAGACUCUCUUAUGUUGGGUAAAGCAAAUUUACUGUGGACAAAAUAUCAGCCUUGAUAAUUCCUUUGGUUUUGCUGUGAUUGAUAAUAGAGAGGAUGCGGAGUUGCAUGCGAAUUCCUCCAUGACGAAGAGUUCAGUCUAUAUUUUUAACAGGCUGUAGAGAGGACACCAGUAAUAAACAUGCAAGCAAUGAUACCGGUCAAAUUUGUCAAUGUAAUUGCGUUGAUGCAAAUAACUGAACUGUACCAUCCCGUGUUUGUUAAACAGCAAAAGGUGGUUCCGUGAUGCUGUCUUUGCCCCAGUUGAGUGCCAGCGUUGCAGUGAAGGAUAAAUACCUUCAAGUUAGGCCUGUCGCACCACUAAGAGGGCAACACAUCCCUUCGUCUUCAAUACUUGAGAGUUGUUUUGAUACUUACCAGAAACUCUGUAUUUUUGAUACAAUCCCAAUCUGUAAUAGCUACAUCAGUAAUAGUGUAUGGAUACACAGUAUUUUGAACGCACAUUUACAUUAGGCAUCUGCCCACAACUGUUUUGUAUACAACGUGUUGCCAAUAUUUAAGAGUUUUUAAAUAUGUCCCACGGAUACCUAAUUUCGAGCUAAAUAUACCCAGGUUAUGACAGUAUUAAUCACUUUGUUGUCUUUUUUUUUUUUUUUUUUUAAAUGGGGGUGGGGGGGCAUACACACACAUAUACACAAACACUUGGCAAGUGGGUUUAAGACUACUGCUAGUAGUCUGAGGUGAGAUCAUAUCUUUUCAGGUGUCCUGUUUUCUUUGGUAUGUUUGAAUUGUAGCUCAGUCCUCCACUGCAAAACAGCUCUGGGGAGAGCCAAAAGCCCAAUGAGUUGGUGUGACACCCCAAAAAAGAAGCCGUGCCAGUCUGGUGAAGCCCCUGAAGGGGAUUUUUGCAGCCUUGGAGUACAUGGACAGUUGUUGAUUUGUUGACCAUCUUCUGCUGUGAAAGUUGUAGCUAAUGGUGAACACUUCUCAUAAAAUAUCAAAGCUAUCAGUGUAAACCAGAGUACCUCACUUGAAUCGGAAAGCAGAGGGCGUUCACCUCAGCAAGGUGAGCGCCGGAGGAUGAAAUGCCUUGGGUGAGAGAUACUGCAGCAUCUUGCCGCAGUAAGAGACUACCAAAACAUUCAUCAGGUUUUAUCCGUUGAUGGUUUGACCAAGGUAUUUUUGAUGUGUAAAGCUUGAAAAAUGAGACACAAUGCUUUCAUACUGUCCAGAGCAUUUAGAAAAAUACCCAACUGACUUUGCAUUGCUACUGAAAAUUUAAAAUACUGUGCAAUUAAAGAGACCAUUUUUUAAAUAAAAAUAAUUUUGAAAUUAUUUAUUUUGAUUUACAGUGUGACUCUUACUAAUUUAUUCCUUGCAUUAUAAGGCUGUGGUGGAGUGCUGUUUAUAUUUUUUAUUUAUCAUUGGAACUAAAACUGCUGAGAAGAAAAAACAAUAGAUUUAAACUUAAAACUCUAUGGCCUUGUUUUGUUUUUUUAUAAAAGGGCUGAGGUUUUAUAAAUGUCAAAUCCUGUGUUUUAUAUACUUUGUAAAUUUUAGAGAAGUGUAGUUUAGGAAUUGUGUUCAAAUUAAAUCUGUGUGUGCACAUCGUUUAGACUAACCAUGCAACUAAUCCUAAAAUCAUCUGUGUUAAAUGACUGUUCCAGCUAACCUUUUGCUAGGUAACAUGAGAGGCGUUCAGACUUCACCUUUAAAUGUUCUCAAAUACAUUUCAUAUAUCUUAAGGUUUCAUCAGAACAGGUGUUUGCAUGCGAGCCAUCCUGGGUGCAUACACUGGGUUUUCCUUGCAGCGCAUUACACGCUGAAGUACGUAGAUGAUGUUUGUACAGGCACUGGCAACCACUGCGUGCUCUUCAUAGUUAGGAGUAUGUUUUAAAUAAUUUUCCAUCUUUAGUCUUAAAGGUUUGUCCUAACUUGUUGCUUGAAGGGUGUAUUACUCUGUCUACCCUUCACCCUAAAUGAAUGCAAUACUUCUCCUGCCCUCUCUCAGAGUUGGCAGCCAGUUGAGAGCCCACUCUCCUGAACGCCUACACACGUGCCCAACAAGCACAAGUACUCGCCUGGGCCGAUUUUAGUGGCAUUUGAGGAGACCUGAGUAAAAGGGGCAUGUGUGUAAGUGCGGGAGGAGGGGGGGCCUUGGGGAGCACAGCUGGAGCAGCGCCUGCUCCUAGGAGGAGGUGAGAUCUCGCUGGUGCUGGCAGGUCCUUCAGCCAGGAUUGCACUUCGUGGUCGCUGGGAACAUCUACAAACUGAAUCCCCUCGGAUGUUUAAGCACGUCCAUCCUCAGUGUUUGUAAGGUGCAACAACCUACUCUUCACCAUGUAAAACAAAACCUCUCUGCUUUCUGUAAGCCAACUUUUUCUUUUGGUCUCGGAUGAAGUCUAAUUUACCAAGUUAGGUUGGCUGGUUGGUUACUUUUUAUUUAUCUGAAUGACAUUCUUAAUGAAACUGAUAUUUAAAAACUGUUUUACCAGCAUAUUACAGAACAUCCUGCAAGGAAAGAGCAAUGCAGAUACAGCAGCAAUAAUUGUGUUUUGUAGUUCUUUUUCUCCUCAUUAUCUCUGUACUUGUGUUGAGUAGGUGAGAUUUUAAUAUUGUCCUGAAGUCCGCUCUAGCAAAAACAUUAGCUAAAAAUAAUGUUUGGAGUACUUGGUAAAGCAAUUAUCAAACUGGCUCUUUGUUCCUUCACUGGUUAUUCUGUAUUAUUUCUGGGAUGUGACUAUUCACGUCUUAAAACCACCUUCUAAACCAUACAAAAAACCCAUGUACAUGGAUUCUGCUUUUAGAGAAAAAAAUAAAGAUUCAUUU